AGUUUUAGGCUGCACAAGAAUGUUUCCGAGCUCAGGGGAAACAUGUCCAAGCUCGUACUGGACAUCUGUGCGGAAGUCGGUGUCCCUAACUCCAUUGUAUGCCCCCACCACAUCUUUUAUUUCACUGUAUUGAUACGUUCUUCCACAAGUGUUGACCGAUGCUUGAAUGCCAUGUUUCCCCUGAGCUGGCCAAGAUCCAGCAAGGAGAUGACAGCCAUGUUUUCCUUCGGCCUCGUGCUUCUGGAGACCAUCACUGGCAAGAGAGCGGUCCUGUCUGACGAGCCCGACGAGGACGACGAGACUCUGGUCUCUUGGGUCAGGUUGUCGCAGGUUCCAUGGAGCCCCCCUCCCCUCGUCAAGCUCGGCGCCAAGAGCGAGGAGCUGCUCUUCGCCUCGCCUCGCCUCGCACAAGCGACGUCGUUAGGUUGCAAGCAAAUAUUCAUGUCUGCUCUUUCACUAGUGUCGACCCUUGCUUUCAUUGCUAAUAAUACAUGCAUGCUCCACAACUAAUACAGAAGAUGCAUUUCCAUCCCAUCUAGUAGGUGCUGACUCGAUGCAAACAAAUAAAAUAAAAUUAGUAGGUGUUGACUGCUCACACCCCAUAUAUGCUGCACGAUGCUAACUGUUGUACCAAUGUGAUGUUGCUUGCUUGAUUGAUGACUGGUUGUCAUUAACUAGAAAAAACAAGAAGAAAAUCUUGUCAAUUUAUUUGAGGAGAAUCAUGUAUCCCAUUCAUUAGACAACCAGUACUACUACUUGUAUUUGCAUGUUUGCUUGCUUGCUUGUAGCACUAUCAAGUGUGAGGAAAUUCAGUACUAGGAUGUGUGGAGCUGGGACGCUGUUGGAUCAUUAGCACUUGUAGCACUAUCAAGUUUGUACUAAUUGCAGAUAGAAAACCUUGUAAUUUUGUUUCCAUAAGCUAAACUUUUUGAUUUAAUUUCUGGAAGCUA